AACCCACCAUUCGCUCGCGCCGGAGGGAGAAGUGGACCCUCGUAGCUCUCCACGUACACUACCUGAGUCCGCGCGCGGGGUAACUUCCCCCGCAAAGUGACUAUCCGUGGUGAUUCCGCCGGGAAUAGCUGCAUAGAGCUGCCCAUGAUGCAUUUAUCGUUGACCCUUCAAUGGCAUGCAUUCCGUAUAGUUUCCAUGCCCUUUGUGCAAUCCACCUUCGUUGAAUCCGCAAAUACAUCUUCUCCACCCCAACUAUGUCCUCUCCUCUCGCAGCCUCCAGACUUGCCUUGAGCUCCUCCUGCCUCGGCCUCCACCCGUCACACGCACUAGACGACAAAAUCGAAGCAGCAGCGAACCAUGGAUUCGCCGGCAUCGAGAUAGUGCAUGGCGACCUAGAGCGCUACAGCCACACCAAUGGCAUUAGCAUGAUCUCAGCCGCACACCGCAUCCGCGAAUUAUGCGACACGGUCAAGCUGCACAUUCUCUCCCUUUGCCCUUUCGAGAAUUUCGAGGGCAAUCCGUCACCACUGGACCACCGGUUGGAUGUCGCAAAACAGUGGAUUCAGUUAGCAAGGGCGCUGAGGGCGGAGUAUGUGCAGGUUCCCGCGCAGUUCGGGCAGGAUGCUUCGACAAACAACUCAGUCAUUGUUCGUGAGCUUCAAGACCUCGCCGACCUGGCAGCCGCAGCGGACCCACAGAUCGGCAUAGCCUACGAGCCCAUGGGCUGGUCCAUCUUGCACAAGAGCUGGGAAUCCGCGCUGGCGUUCACGAAGCUGGUAGACAGGCCCAAUUUUGGUAUCUGCAUUGACAGCUUCCAUGUCGCAUCACUCCUCUGGGGUGACCCGUCCCACGCCAGUGGGAAGUACCCUGAUGCCGAUCGCAUUCUGGCUGCGUCGCUGGCGAGAUUGGUGCUCGAACUUCCGCUUGAGAAGCUGUUCUACGUACAGCUUUCCGGCGGAGAGAGAUUCUUGCCUGUUUACUCGUCACGGCAUCCUUGGUAUCUGGAAGGUGAAGCGAAGGAGUUCACGUGGUCUAGAAACGCGAGGCCCUUUCCGUUGGAGGCGGAGCUCAGAGACUAUAUGCCCGUCGUUGAGAUUCUUCAAGCCAUCGUUCAAUCGGGAUAUAGAGGCUGGAUAUCGCUCGAGACGUUUGAUCGGAGGAUGCGGGAGCCCGAUUUCGAUAUAGAGACUGCUGCGGCGAGGGCAGAGACAUCGGUGAAGAGGUUGCGUCAAGCAGCAGGUAAUAGGGCUGCCAACCUCUGAAAGAGAGCAAUUCAAGCAGUCACCCUAUCAAUUUCAACCUUUGCGUCGCUUGCAUAGGGCAGCAACGACACUGAUAUCAUCGAGUUUGCCUAAUAUCGUAAGCUUCAUCAUAAAACAAGAUGCAGCGUG